AUGUAUGUCGUGGGCAGCUUGCAGCUGUGCGUGAUACCCGAGUUCGCCAUCUGCGGACAGCGCCUGUCUUGGGCAGCUUGCCUCUGUUUGGGCGCGUGCGGUGGCACGUUCAUUCGAUUGGUUUGGAUCGCUUUUUUGACGCGGCCAUUGUUUUCCCCCGACGUCUCGUCGCCAUGGCUGACGCACGACUGGUCCGACGUGCGGUGGGAGUUUGACCUCAGACAGGCCGUCGGUGCAGCUGCCAGCAGCCUCGUGUCGCGGCUCUCAGCGGUGCUCCUGCUGUCAGUCUUCUACUCUCACUCGCCGCGCGCGGAUUGUGCGCCGCACCAGCAGGACACAUGCUCAUGCAAACAGUGCGAGAACUUGGUUGCGCCGCUUAGUGGCGGCGCUGCUUUAGAGGAAGCGGCAGCGUGGGAAGCACAGCAGAUGGAGGCGGCGCGGCAUGCCAAGGAGCUGCAAUCGCAGUACUGGGGGCGGCAGCGCCAGCAACGAGCAAGGAGAGACUGGCGGAGGUUGAGCGGCUGA